CAAAAGUCUCCCUUCUUAAGACGGAAUUGUUGAUGAAAUUCCCAGAAAUCCAAAUAAUUCAAAUCAGAAAUAUAUACCAAUUCCUUGUGGUAUCACUCUCUGGAGAGCUUAUGCCACUGUCAAUCAAAUCUCUUAUCAGUGCGCAAAAAGCAGCGGUUGUCAAUCAUAUUAUCCACCUAAUUAAUCGUUCAUAUCUUAACUCAGUAUCGAUUCGUUCGCAACUCAACGCAGACCAUGGCUCAAAACGCCCGCGAUGCGUUCCGACCGUGUGAAAUUGCAUGCAAGUUGAUCGGGUUGUUACCUUUUUACACGUCCGAAAAGGUGAAGAUUUGGCAAAAGGUUGUCAACUGGUGCCAAGUGGUGGUGGUUUUUGUAGCAAUUAGUUGGGUUAUUUUCAAAUAUGUUCCAGAUGACGUUGAUGAAGACUUGAAAUCUUCUGUGAUGAAUCGCAGUAUUGUGAUUCUUGUUUGUAUGAACUACGCUUUACCGAUUUGUUGCACCGUUUUCUGCAUGGUUCUUUCCGGGAAAAUAGUAUCGAUUCUUAGUUGCCUUGAAUACGUCGAUGGGCAGCUGAAGUUAUUAAAAACUGACCUAGACUACAGGAGUCAUCGAAACUUGUCGUCAAUAAUGAUGCACCUUUCCACGAUUCCAACGUGUUUGCUCAUGCUGAUGUACUGGACUAAAGCUGAUUUCUCAAAUGUUUGGUAUUUUUUCGCCACAACGUACAUAAGUUUGCACUACUCGGUCUGUUGCAGCACUGCCGGAACCCUGGGCUGGUUCACCUGCAAACGACUGCAAGCCCUGUCCGACACGAUGCUGAGGAUGUACUUCCCGACGACGCCCACUUCCGGGGGGUUCCUGACGACAACGGCUCCUGGCCACACCGCCGAGACGGCCGUCUGCAGCGAGAAGGAACAGCUGACCGUCCUGCGGCAGAUCAAGAUCCUGCACGACAAGCUGAACGACGUGGUCGAGCUGGUUAAUUACUGCUUCUCGGUGCAGAUAACGUUCUGCGUGGGACUGUGCUUCGUCAUCGGUGUCGUCUGCUCGUUUGGGCUGUUCCGGGCGUUCAUCUAUCGGAACGAGCUGUUCUACAUGGGCGUGCUGAACUUCAUCUGGUACAUGUACUAUCUGUUCUUUGUGCUGUUUUUCAUCGCCGUCGGGAGCAAAAUUACCCGGGAGGGUAAACGCAUUGGAGUGCUCGUCCACAAGGCCAUCAACUGUUCUACGUCCACUGCGGUUAUAAACGAGCUUAACAUUUUCUCGCAGCAAUUGCUCCAUCGCAGCCCGGUUAUCACUUGUGGAUUAUUUGUCUACGAUUGGACCUUGCUGUACACGGUGAGUUACUCUGGUGGCGGUUGCAAAAUAAAUUCAAUCAACUAAAUUUGAUUCAUUGGG